UUUCUGAGUCAUCUCCUCUUUGUCCUGGAGUGACAGCCGCCACUAUGCAGCCAACUCUGACUGAGGAAGGUUAUGUGUCCUUUGAGGAGGUGGACGUGGACUUCACCAAGGAGGAGUGGGAGCUGCUGGAUCCGGGCCAGAGGGCCCUGGCCAUGGAGGUCAUGUUGGAGAAUUUUGGGAACGUGGCCUCCCUUGGAAGUGAUGGGCAGGGAAGUGAGAAUGAACAACAACUUUAUGGGGUUUUGGCAGAUAGAUCCUGUAGGCCAGAGGUGGAUAAAAACAUCACAAAUCAAGAAGGAACAAAGACACAGGAGGGAAACCAAGCACAGAAUCUGCAAAAUACAUCCUGUGCAUCUCAAGGUGGGGGCUCUCAGGUUACCCUGAUCCAUCAUGAAACAAAGAAUGGAAAGGGAAGGAAUGAAUGCCCUGUAUGUUUCAAAAACUUCAGCAGUAAAUCAAGUCUUAACGUUCACCAGAGAAUUCACACAGGGGCAAGACCUUACAUUUGCUCAGAGUGCGGCGAGGCCUUUCGUGAAAAAGCACACCUUACUUCGCAUCAAAGAACCCACACAGGAGAGAAACCAUAUACAUGCCUGGAAUGUGGAAAGAGCUUCAGCCAGAGCAAAAAUCUCAUUUCCCAUCAGAGAAGCCACACAGGUGAGAAGCCAUACAAAUGCACCGAGUGUGGGAAGGGUUUCAGUCAGAAGGCAAACCUUGUGAAACACCAAGGCACCCACACAGGGGAGAAACCAUAUAAAUGUAAGGAAAGCGGGAAGAGUUUAAGUCAGAGGGCAUGCAUUACUGCGCAUCCGACAUUCGAUAUGCAAGGGAAACCACAUAAAUGCCCCAACUGCGAUCGUGGUUUUUUAAACAUGUCAGACCUAGUUCGACAUCAGAGAAUUCACACAGGGGAGAAACCAUAUAAAUGCUCAGAAUGUGGGAAGGGCUUUAGCCAGAGAGCAAAUGUCCUUAGACAUCAAGUUACCCACACCAGGGAGAAACCAUAUAAAUGUUCAGAGUGUGGAAAGAGCUUCCGGUGGAAUGCACAGCUGAUUUCACACCAGACGGUCCACACGGGGGAGAAACUGUGCAAAUGCUCAGACUGUGGCCAGAGCUUUUGUAGCACCUCCAACCUGGUCAGGCACCAGAGAAUCCACACGGGGGAGAAGCCGUAUAAAUGCCUGGGGUGUGGGAAGCGCUUCAACCAGAAGACCAAUCUAACGUCGCAUCAGAGAGUCCACACAGCGGCAAAAAUAUAUCAUGCCUUGGGGUACGGAAAGAGUGAAAUGUCAAGCCCAGAAACCCACACUGCGCAUUGGCCUAUGCAACCCCAGGGUUCAAGCCCCCUCCUAUUAAACCAGAAUGGCAGAGAGCAUCAGUGCACCCCUCUGGACACCACCCAGUUUGUGCGGCUUUAUUUCAACAGCCUCCUUAAAAGUAGCCCUUCUAGUUAAGGUUGUCU